GACGGAGCAAAUAUCGGUGGAGCAAGUGUAAACGGAGCAACUGUCGGCGGAGCACUUGUCCGGAGCAAUUGUCUUAUUUUGCGUAGCAAAUGUCGGCGGAGCAAUUGUCGGGUCACCCCCAAUACAUCUCAAAUAGCCCAAGGCCCCAUCCCUUUUAGGGCUAAGAAAAAAAAAAGUCCCCCCCCCCCCCAGCUUCGUGCAAUUAAUGCCGCUAUUUUUUUCAGUGUGUGUUUCACGUUUGCGUGUAACAAGCAUGCACGAUGUGUACAAGUACGGUACCGUACAUGUACACAGUAUACCGUACCGGUACACAUAAUUAUCGGGUAUCAUCGCAUUCCAUUUCCACAUCGGCCAGCCUUUGACGCGACUCGACUACGAAUUUGUCUUUGUAAGGUACUUUUUCUUGUAUGAGUUAUGGAUUCCUCAGACGGUCCAACAGGCAGUAACCAAACUGAGUCUCAGAUGCAUCAUGAACAGUUCUGGGAGAGACAGAUGGAAACCAUCAGGAACUUGAAGAAUAGUGAUUUCAAGAAAGCGCAGGAACUUCCGUUAGCCAGAAUCAAGAAGAUUAUGAAGCUAGACGAAGAUGUCAAGAUGAUAAGUGCUGAAGCCCCAGUGUUAUUUGCCAAGGCUGCUGAAAUCUUCAUUACAGAACUCUCACUCAGAGCGUGGCUUCAUACAGAAGAAAAUAAAAGAAGAACGCUUCAGAGGAAUGACAUCGCCAUGGCAAUCACCAAGUAUGAUCAGUUUGAUUUCUUGAUUGAUAUUGUACCCAGAGAUGAACUCAAACCACCUAAGAGAUCGGAGGGUCAGCUGCAGCAGACGGCCAUACCGGCCGACCAAGUCCAGUAUUAUUUCAGCGUUCCUCAGCAGGGUCAGAACCAAGGGUCAAGUACCGUGCAAGUCCAGAACACCGCUCCUACUGUGGUCAGUGCUGCUAACACCUCAGCCGGUCAGCUUGCUACAACUCAACCACAAGUUCAGUUUAUUACCGUUGGUGGUAACCAAUCUGGGACUAGUGGUACCCAGCAGCAGCAACUGCUUCAGUCUUUGCAGCAGAUCCAGACGGGUUCUGAUGGUCAAACGACAUUGAUCAACUCACAAGGUCAGGUCAUCCCUAUCCAGCUACCAGCGGGUACCAAUUUACAGCAGGUGGUGGCGAAUGCUAGUGGGGAUAAUCAACAGAUUCAAUUUGCUGGCAAUCAGCUACAGUAUGUCAGACAAAGUAGCUCUGGUAAUCAGCAGCAGACAGCUGGACAGGAAUUCAUCACACAGCUAUCAGGAGGACAGAUCUUCCAGAUUCAACAGGUUCCUGGCCAGACCCAAGCUGGUAACCUAGGACAACAGGUGUUCCUUCAACAAGCCUUACCGGAAACAACGACUACCAGUACAGAGCAACAGUGAUUGAACCCCUGUAUGGCGACCGCAUGUUAGGAAGAGAGACAUAAAGGGUAUCACAGUUGAUGCGGAGAUCUGCUAAGGUCUCCUGUCGGUAUCCUGUUUAAAUCAAGCGAAAUGAACAACUUUUGAAGGACUUUGAGCGGACGAUGUGUGAUCUGAUUGCAUGUUAGGAUGACAGAGAGAGAUUCUUUUAAAGAUCUUCUGCGGAUAUUCCAUUUAAAUCAAGCGAGUGCUACAAUCUUUGAGCAACAUUGAAUGGAAAUCAUGUAAUGAAUUACAUGUCAGGAAGAUAGAUGUGACUGCAGGUGAUAAUAGGAGCUCCUUCUAUGAUAUUCUGUUUAGCUAUAGCCUCUGUGGAACAUUGAAUGGACACCUUAUUGCAUUUUUUUAUAAAGGAAAGUAGAGCUUCUAUUCAAGGUCUAGUGUGGAUAUCCCAUUUGAAUCAAUCGAUUGCUUCAACCUCCGAGGAACAGAGAGUGCACAUCUUAUAUUUUAAUUCUGUGAUAGGAAGAGGCACAAUUGAAUGUUAUAGCUGUUAUGAUCUGUCGAUAUCCAAAUCAAGCGGUUGCUACAUGUACAACCUAUGUGGAACGAUGAAUGGAAAUAUCUAUGUGAAAUAAUGGAUGAAAACCCAUUUUUUAUGGCAUGUACAUGUAAGGAAAGAGACACAAAUGAUGACUGACAGUCACUAUGCUACAAGGGGCCCGUUGCAGAAAGAGUUACGAUUAAGUAGUUACGAUCAAAUGCAACUCAGAGAAUCUUGCGCAACUUGAUUUUCAGCCAAUGAAGCACCCGUAUUCAGGACUUGCACUUGAUAUUUUGACUUGCGUUUAACCGCAACUCUUUCUGCAACAGGCUCCAGGUUCUCUUACUGGUGGCAGCACUAGCAAGAAACUUUAAUAGAGCAACAGUGAUGGGCACGAUUGAUAGGGCUGCCAUUGAUAGUUUUAUCUGCUUGUAAAUCUCGGGGGGGGGGGGUUAAUCCAUACUUUGUGACAGGGGAUUUCUGAAUGUUAAGGUUUCUGACAUGAUGCUAAAAUUGUUAGGAUUACCAUGUGUAGACUACCCUGGGAUUGCACUUUUCACGCCAUGGACUGCACAUUUUUAAUUUACGAAAUGCCCAGUCUAGGUGAUAUUCAGGCGUUUAUCAAUUCUGAGUGGCUUCCCUUUGCCAAUCUUAGCGUCAACAGUAUUUAUCAUGCUUUUUUUAUCACACUUAAUUUAUUAACAGAGUUUUAAUAACUACAUAGUGCUUACUGUUUAAUGAAAUUACUUUUACAGUUCUCAACUAAUAAAGAUGAAACUAUAUUUAAUAUAAAUGUUAUUACAUUUUUUUUAAAGCAAGUGCAUAAGCAUGCUCCUAGUAAACUGUUUCUAGGUGGUCAGUGCUCAGGGUAGAUUUCAGUAGAAGCAGAACAGACAUUACCAAGAUAAGGGUGCUCAUUAAUUUUAUUUGUUCUGAAUAGAAUGCUUCUUGUCAUGUAGUUGGUUUCUUAUUGGAAGCCAUCUUUGUUCAUAAUUUUUAUAAAUAAAUAUGAAUUUGUACAUAUUGAA